CGGCGGGGCUGGGCUACGGGCUGUGGGCAGCUCCGCGUCCCGCCAUGGGUGGCCGCAUCGAGUGCGUGUUCUUCAGCGAGUUCCACCCCACCCUGGGGCCCAAAAUCACCUACCAGGUCCCCGAGGACUUCAUCUCCCGGGAGCUGUUUGAUACCAUCCAGGUGUAUGUCAUCACGAAGCCCGAGCUGCAGAACAAGCUGAUCACCGUGACGGCCAUGGAGAAGAAGCUGAUCGGCUGCCCUGUGUGCAUCGAGCACAAGAAGUACAGCCGGAAUGCUCUGCUCUUCAACCUGGGCUUUGUGUGCGACGCCAGAGCCAAGGCCUGCGCGCUGGAGCCCAUUGUGAAGAAGCUGGCUGGCUACCUCACCACCCUCGAGCUGGAAAGUGGAUUCAUCUCCAAUGAGGAGAGUAAACAGAAGCUGGUUCCCAUCAUGACCAUCCUGCUGGAGGAGCUGAAUGCCAAAGGGAAGUGCACACUGCCCAUAGAUGAGUCAAACACCAUCCACCUGAAGGUGAUUGAGCAGCGCCCAGACCCCCCCAUCGUGCAGGAGUACGAUGUCCCUGUCUUCACCCAAGACAAGGAUGACUUCUUCAACUCCCAGUGGGAUCUCACCACACAGCAGAUCCUGCCCUACAUUGAUGGAUUUCGGCACGUCCAGAAGAUUUCGGCAGAAGCCGAUGUGGAGCUGAACUUGGUGCGCAUCGCUGUGCAGAACCUGCUGUACUACGGGGUUGUCACACUUGUCUCCAUACUCCAGUACUCCAAUGUCUACUGCACCACGCCAAAGGUCCAGGACCUAGUGGAUGACAAGUGCCUUCAGGAAGAGUGUCUGUCCUAUGUCACCAAACAAGGGCACAAACGAGCCAGCCUCAGGGACGUCUUCCAGCUGUAUUGUGGGCUGAGCCCUGGCACCACCGUGCGAGACCUCAUCUCCCGCUACACCCUGCAGCUCCAGAGGGUGGAUGAGAGGAGACUUAUCCAGUUUGGUUUGAUGAAGGGCCUUAUCCGGCGGCUCCAGAAAUACCCAGUCAAGGUGGCCCGGGACGAGCGGAGCCACCCAGCCCGGCUGUACACGGGCUGCCACAGCUACGACGAGAUCUGCUGCAAGACCGGCAUGAGUUACAAGGAGCUGGAUGAGCGCCUGGAGAACGACCCCAACAUCAUCGUGUGCUGGAAGUGACGCAGCGAUGGCCCUCAUUAGAGCUGUGUCCCCCUGCGUCCCCCGUUGUCCCCCGCCCCGGUGUCCCCGGAG